CGCCUCGUCGCCGUCGUCCGCCUCGUCGUCGUCCUCCCUCAGGAACAAAAAGGCGAACACGGCGAGCGUCUCGCACCGUCUCUACGGACACCACCACCACAGUGCCGCCGGGUGCCACUGCCGACCCUACAGCGAGGUGUCCACGGCGGCCCCGUCAGGCAGCGUCAUUGCUCCGUGCAGCGGGGAGAAGCCUCACCCUGGAAGAACCAAUGGCGUGCCUCCUUCCUCGUCAAGCCCCGCCUCCUCGGGAAUGCCAUUGGCCGAGACUCUACAUGGGGGGCGGACCUUAGUGCCGGUUGGAGGCGUGGACGAGGGGAGAGAGGCGCCGAGGGGGCGGAGCCUCGUGCCGGUUGGGGGCGUGGCUGAGGGACGGGAAGGGCAGAGGGGGCGGAGCAUGGUGCCCGUCGGGGCAGUGGCCAGCACGAGAGGCGGGCGUGGCCAGAGGCACCAGCGCCAACCGCAGGGGUUCCUGAAAACGGUGUCCAUCAUCGACACCCUAAGCGAGCUGGCCCACGGCCCCGAGGUGUCACGUCUGGCGCAGGAAGAGCCCCAGCCGAACCCCCACCCCCCGCCCCCCCCGUCCUCGGGCCUCCUUCCCAACCCUCCCUCGUCCUCGUCCUCCUCCUCCUCCUCCUCCUCUUCCUCCUCUUCCUCGAACCAUCCACCCCCUCUCCCUCCCCACCAUCACCCAGCCCUCCCCCCUCCCUCGGCCCACCUUCCCCACUCCGCUCCCCCCGGCCCUCGGGGGGUCGGACCGGGGGUCGCGGCCCAGCCUGCCUCUGCGGCCGACUUCCGGGGAACGGCCAGUCAGAUGAUUGAUCCCACGGCCGGCUUCGGGCCAGCGGCCGGGCAGAUGCUCGCACCGCAGUCUUCUGCCGCCGGUUUCCUGGGCGCGGCGGCCGCCGACUUUGGGCCCGGCGGUCGGAGGACAGGUGAUCCCACCGAAGUCUGCUGCCACCAAUUUCCUGGGGACGGUCGGCCAGGUGCUCUCCUCCCAGGCCGCCGCGGCCGCCAACUUGGCGCUCGCAGGCGGCCAGGCGAUCUCGCAAGUCGGGGACUUCGCGCCGGCGGGGGGCCCAGGGGGGCCCGUCCCAAGCGGCCUCCGGCACCAACCCCCUCCUUCCGCCCGUCCUCUCGCCCGACUUCCGGCAGUACAGCGAGAAGAUCUACGACGCCGUAACCUCAUCGUCCGGCGCCGCAUCCGGCAUGGCGGGCGUCAGGCGGUGCGUGGGCGGCAUGGGGACCGCGGGCGGCGGCGCCCCCGGUGCCGCGGCACUGAUGGCCAUCCCGGAGAGGGAAUGGGGAGGGGGAAGGAGAGGGCCAACGAGAGGAGGAGAGGCCGGGGAGGACGAACGAGCGAGGGAGAGGCACGGGGAGGACGGAGGCGAGGAGCGAA